CCUCCUCCUCCUCGCUGGCGCUGCCUGCCUCUCCGCACACACUGCUCGCGCCAGGCGCGCUCCGCCGGCUCCCUGCUCUCCGCGCCACCCUCCUCCGGGCCGCGCUCCCUGAGGGAUGGUACUGAAUUUCGCCGCCACAGGAGCCCGGCUGGAGCGCCCGCCCCGCGGCCUCGCCUCCCCGCCGAGCCGCCAGCGCCUCUGGACGCGAUGAGGACUUGGGCUUGCCUGCUGCUCCUCGGCUGCGGAUACCUCGCCCAUGCCCUGGCUGAGGAAGCCGAGAUCCCCCGCGAGGUGAUUGAGAGGCUGGCUCGCAGUCAGAUCCACAGCAUCCGGGACCUCCAGCGACUCCUGGAGAUAGACUCCGUAGGGGCUGAGGAUGCUCUGGAAACCAGCCUGAGAGCCCAUGGGGUCCACGCCACCAAGCAUGCACCCGACAAGCGGCCUGUGCCCAUUCGAAGGAAAAGAAGCAUCGAGGAAGCCAUUCCUGCGGUCUGCAAGACCAGGACGGUCAUUUAUGAGAUACCUCGGAGCCAGGUUGACCCCACGUCUGCCAACUUUCUGAUCUGGCCCCCAUGUGUGGAGGUGAAGCGCUGUACUGGCUGCUGCAACACCAGCAGUGUCAAGUGCCAGCCUUCACGCAUCCACCACCGGAGUGUCAAGGUGGCCAAGGUGGAAUAUGUCAGGAAGAAGCCAAAAUUAAAAGAAGUCCAGGUGAGGUUAGAGGAACACUUGGAGUGUGCGUGUACGACCUCCAGCUUGAAUCCAGAUUAUCGGGAAGAGGAGACGGAUGUGAGGUGAGGAUGAGCCAGCGGCCCUUUCCUGGGACAUGGAUGUACAUGGCGUGUUACAUUCCUGAACCUACUAUGUACGGUGCUUUAUUGCCAGCGUGCGGUCUUUGUUCCCCUCCGUGAAAAACUGUGUCCAAGAACACUCUGGAGAACAAAGAGACAGUGUACAUUUGUUUAAUGUGACAUCAAAGCAAGUAUUGUAGCACUCGGUGAAACAGUAAGAAGCUUCCUUGUCAAAAAAAGAGAGAGAGGGAGAGUAAACAAAACCACAAAACACGACAGAAACAAAACGGACUCACAAAAAUAUCGAAAACAGUCGACGGGAUGGAGGGUCGCCCCCCGCAGGCUGGCAGUGCAGUGUGGAGGUCUCAGCAGACUGGAUUUCUGUCCGGGUGGUCACAGGUGCUUUUUGCCAAGGACACAGCCUGCUUUCGGAAUGACUCCAAAGGGAUGCCAGUGGGCUCUGCAGUGGCACGCAGGAAGCUGGAAUGUCUCGAAAACCGCCACGCGAACUUUAGAAACCACACCUCCUCGCUGUAGUGUUUAAGUCUAUACAGAAACCUUCUGAGAGCCUUAAGCGGAUUUUUUUUUUUUUUACACCAUAAAGUGAUUAUUAAGCUUUCCUUUUUACUCUUUGCCUAGCUUUUUUUUUUUUUUUUUUAAUUAUCUCUCGGAUGACAUUUACACCGAUAACACACAAGGCUGCUGUAACUGUCAGGACAAUGCGACGGUAUUUUUCCUAGCAGGAUGCAAACUAAUGAGAUGUAUUAAAAUAAACAUGGUAUACUUACCUAUGCAUCAUUUC